AUGGCGGAGUUAACUGAGAAAAAGGAACUGGGUGUUCCCUCCUCGGAGGCGAAUUUGAAGUCUGCGACCGGUACUGCUAGCACCGAGGCGAACGAGCACGUGGGUAUUAAUGAGAAGGCGUUGCUGCGCAAGCUGGACAUUCGGCUGCUGCCGCCGUUGACGAUACUGUAUCUUUUGUCGUUUUUAGACCGUAGCAAUGUUGGAAAUGCACGACUAGAGGGCAUGGCGGAUGAUAUCAAUAUGAGUGCGCUCAGUCCCCCGAUUAUGAAUGCGACUUUCGCUGACACCCAAUCCGCAAAUAGCUGGAAAUCAAAGGGGUCUCUCGGCUCAUUGGAUCACUUGAUCCGUGAGACCGGAAGGCUUCGGGUAUCUUUAGCGCUUGGAAUUGCUGAAAGUGGUCUUUUCCCGGGCGUGGUCUUCUACUUGUCUAUGUGGUAUAAGCGGAAUGAGCAACACUACCGAGUGGCUUUGUUCUUCAGCGCCGCAUCGCUAGCGGGUGCUUUUGGCGGUAUUCUCGCUUGGGGAAUCGCACACAUGCGAGGCGUCGGGGGUUACAAUGGAUGGCGAUGGAUCUUUAUCCUGGAAGGACUACUUACGGUGGUGAUGUCCAUCAUCGCCUAUUUCUGGGUCUACAAUUACCCAUCGACUGCCGAGUUUCUCUCAGAGAAGGAGCGGGCGUUUAUACAGUACCGGUUGAAAAAUGAUAACGACUCAACUCGCGAUGAGAAAUUCAGCUGGACGGCCGUUGGAGAUGCAUUCAAGGAUCCCAAAGUCUGGUUAUAUGGUCUCGGAUUCCACACCAUGUCGCUGCCCUUGUACACGCUGUCUCUGUUCCUGCCAACCAUCAUCAAGGAACUGGGCUACACAGCCGCCGAAGCCCAAUUACUCUCCGUUCCCCCAUACGCUGUGGCAUUCGUGCUCACUGUCACAGUCGCCAUCCUCUCGGAACGCACGCACAUCCGAGCCCCCUUCAUCAUGGGAUCCUCCGCGCUCGCCUGCAUCGGAUACAUCCUCCUCCUGACCGACCACCGCCCGGGCAUCUCCUACCUCGGUACCAUCUUCGCCGCGGCGGGCAUCUACCCAGCCGUAGCGAUCGUGCUGUCAUGGCCGGCCAACAACGUCUCCGGACAGACGAAGCGCGCGAUCGCCAACGCCAUGCAAAUUUCCAUCGGCAACCUCGGCGCGGUUCUCGGAACGCAGCUUUAUCGCACCGAGACCAGUCCGCGAUAUUUUCUGGGCCAUGGGUUCGCGUUGGGAUAUCUAGUCGCCAAUAUUGCAGUCGUGGGCAUCCUCUGGGAGGUGUUGAAGCGGGAGAAUGUGCGCAAGGCGGAAGUGCGCGAGAGGGAGGGCUUGCAGGCGCUAAUGGGCGAUAUUGGGGAUGCUGAGGGUGACUUCCAGGGGGACAAAGAUCCGAGGUGGAUGUUUCAGGUUUAG